GAUUCCUGCAAGUUUAGCAGAUUCCUGAGUUGAAGGUGUUGCAUUGAAGGCUUUUUUAUGUCCGAUUCGGCCAUCAUCUAUUUGGGAUCAGUUGGGUUGCUUGGAGAGUAUUUUCCUUUAUCCAGGAAAAAGUACAGACCCUUGCCUAGAAAAAUCAGCUGCAUGCAUCUCGAGCCAUAUCAGGAAUACCCUGAGUUCUGUGGUUGCUUCUCUUGGCAACCUCCUAUAGUCACAGGAGGGUCUUCUUCCCAAGUCCUCACAGCCUUAACGGCCGACACUGCUGCUUAUUGUCCUUCAAAUUCCUCAAUUUGCUGCUCUUGAUAUCCUGUUAUCUUUUGUGAAUUUCACUAGUCAUCAUGGCUUUGCAAAACAUUGGAGCUGGAAACAGUGAUGAUGCCUUCUACAGAUAUAAGAUGCCCAAAAUGAUUACCAAAAUCGAGGGCAGAGGCAAUGGCAUCAAAACCAACAUAGUUAAUAUGGUUGAUAUUGCAAAGGCUUUGGCAAGGCCAGCUUCUUACACAACCAAAUAUUUUGGUUGUGAGCUUGGAGCUCAAUCCAAAUUUGAUGAGAAAGCUGGGACUUCUCAUGUUAAUGGGGCACAUGAUACUGCAAAACUUGCUGGUCUUCUGGAGAACUUCAUUAAGAAAUAUGUUCAGUGUUAUGGUUGUGGGAAUCCUGAAACGGAGAUCAUGAUCACCAAGAGUCAAAUGAUCCAGCUAAAAUGUGCUGCUUGCGGCUUUGUGUCAGAUGUGGACAUGAGAGACAAGCUGACCACCUUUAUAAUCAAGAAUCCUCCUGAAUCCAAGAAAGGGUCCAAAGACAAGAAGGCGAUGAGGAGAGCUGAGAAGGAGAGACUGAAAGAAGGUGAAGCAGCUGAUGAGGAACUGAAAAAAUUGAAAAAGGAGGGUAAGAAGAAGGGUUCUUCCUCUUCCAAGGAUGGAACUACAAAAUCAAAAAAGAAAUCCACUGGCUCUGAUGAGGACCGUGCAUCACCUACUCAUGGUCAGGUUCAUGAGGAACCUCGUGUUGAAGAGGAAGAGGAUCAUGAUGUCCAGUGGCAAACAGAUACAUCACUGGAGGCUGCUCGCCAGCGCAUCCAGGAACAAUUAAGUGCUGUGACAGCUGAUAUGGUUAUGCUCUCUACGGAAGAGCCAGAGAAGAAGGCAAAAGCAGCUAACAAGGUUAAUGGUGGGUCUGAGAAUGGGACCUCAAUGUCAUACAGGUCUCUUGUUGAGGAAGUCAAAUCUGAUUUGCAGAAAGGUGUAUCUGCGAAGGAACUUCAGCACCAUUUAGCAUCCCUUUCUGCAUCUUCUCAGGAAAAAAUGAGUGCUUUGUUUGAGGCCCUUCUUUCCGGCAUUGAGAAAGGAUUCGCCAAGGAAGUUGUCAAAAAGAGGAGCUACCUUGCUGCUGCUGUUGCUGGGGAGGAAGGAUCGCAGAUGCUAUUGCUCCAUGCAGUUGAGGACUUCUGCUGCAAGGGCAGUUCCAAUGCUUUGAAGGAGGUUGCCUUAGUGCUGAAGGCACUUUAUGAUGCUGAUGUGCUGGAAGAAGAGCACAUAGUGCAAUGGUAUCAGAAAGGGCUCAAGGGAGAUUCCAAGGACUCUAAGAUAUGGAAGAAUGCUCAACCAUUCAUCGAGUGGCUUCAGAAUGCAGAAUCAGAGUCAGAGGAAGAGUAAUGCGUUGUGCUUAGUUUGUCUUUGGUUCUAUUUUGUUGCUUAUGUCUUCAGUUUCAAAUAAAGGGUCUGGUUGGCCCUAUGUAUGUGUUGAGCCUUGCUAUAUGGACUCUGAUUUGUUGCAUUUUAUAGUCGACUCUGGUGGACCCAUGCGGGGCUGAGACUCGUGCGUGUCUGUUACCAUAUAUAAUUCGUAUUGCUUGCUUAUGUUUGUCUUAAAUCGUUGGGUCGUGAUGUUAUAAAAUUUCCCUGUUUGGAUGGUUUUCCUGAAGUACUUAUCACGGUGUUUAGUUGAUUGACACAAUCUUCUGAAGAUUACAGAGGUU